GUUACACGCUCUGGAGAAAAAGCCGCACGAGUGUGUGCGUUUCAGACGCUCAAGAAGCGGAAGGUCUCUGUGUUUCUGCGCCACCGCAAAGGAGAUACAGCAGUGCGCUCCUGCACGGAAUACGGACCUGAAACAACGCAAAACUCCGCACAGAUAAGUGAGAAAGGACGCAAACAGUUCAGGUUAGGCCGAUUUAAGAAAUAGCGGUGAAAUCGACAAACCGCAGAAGUACAGUUUCAAGAUUUUUGCACAACCUUUUGAGAAUUUCGGACAGCCAGAGAUUACCCGGAUAGUUUUUGGUCAAAAAAAUUGUCAAGUUUUGUUGUCGAGAUUAGGUUUAAUGAAUGCGUUGCGUGGAAAUCAACUCUGCGGUCCUCUUGGAUGAAAUAUACCAGAGAGACACCCACUUUGGGAAAUAAUCUGUUCAUUACUCUAGGAUGUAGAUUUGGAGGAUUUAGACCUCAAGAAUGAACUUAGAAAGUCGCCUCUGCUUUGGUUUUGUGCUGUAAAGACACAUCAAGCCAUGGGUUGAAAGCAAAGAUGAUAGACUCCGGGGAUAUUCAACGUGGGAGGGAGAAGAAUUUUAUGUGUUAUGUAAUGAUUGACAGUGUCUAAUCAUUAGUGGUAGAUCCUAACUCCAUUCCCCCAUCACCCCUAUCCCCUUCCCCUGGAUCUCAGAGAGGCGAAAGAGAAGACAUAGAGUUUUAUAAAUACCUAAACGCUGACAUCAGGACAUGCCAUAGAUCAGUGGGUAAAGGGAUAUUAUUCUGAUGAUCAAGUUGAAGUUCAUAUUUGAUCUUGGAAGAGUCUCAUUUAGUUCAUACGUUGUCUAUUUAUUAGACCUCUCUCCAUCCACUCUUCUUCUGUGGACAAGAUUUUAGUCAUUGGAUUAAAAUACAUCAUGAUGUGCCGAACUCUUGACCCUCACCGUGCAAACAUGACUCCAGGAUGUCAGACAAUCUGUCUUCUCCUCUUUUUGAGCUUUUCUUUGCAUUGCAAUGUCUCCAAAGGCCACUAAAAUGCUAUAAUGCACAUUUUUGUCUUGUGAUUUGGGGGUAUGUAGACAUUCAUGCAUAUUUGACCUCUUAAUAGCUGUGACUUUGUGUUCUUGAACAUCUAAAGCAUAUAGUUAACUUUUAUCAGAGCCUUCAUUGGUCCCUCCCUCCCCCCCACUCAUCAGGGCUGGUGGGGGGGGUGGAUCUCGGCCCUACGGGGUCAAAACAGUGGUGGCGGCUGGUGGUGGUUAUACCCCCAGAGGUACCACCAUGGAGACCAGCCCAGAGAGCCCCAACCGGGCUGUGGAAUACCUCCUGGAACUCAACAACAUCAUUGAGAGCCAGGCCAAGCUCCUGGAGACCCAGCGCCGGCGGAUUGAGGAGCUGGAGGGCCAGCUGGACCGGGUCAGCCAGGAGAAUCAGGACCUCAGGCAGGAACGCAGCACAGGACUUACCCCUGGUUCUGACUCCCCUGAGCAGAACCAUACCAGCCAACCUCUGUCUCUCCCUAUCCAUCAUGGCAGUGGUGGCGGCGGCAGCAGUGGAAACAGUAGCAUCUCGACGACUCAGGCGACACCUGGAUCAGCCACAACUCCAGGGUCCAGCAGGGAAAGGAGGACACACACCAGGCUGACUCGAGGUCUUUCCUGCGGCUCCUCCACCACUGAACGAGACCGGCUUGAACGCACUGACAGCACAGACACCAACCCCAGCUCGACCAUACGCAGAAAUGUGGAAGGGGACUCCCAGUGUCCAGAUUCAGGCUCCCACAAAGACAGCUCCUUCAGCCAGACCCCUUACUUACGUGGCUCAGAACGGUACACUGACAGCAGCAGUACUCCAUCCAGCUCCAGGGGUCCUUCAUGUGUGUCCGCCUCCAGUUCAGCCAGCUUGGCCUGGGCGCUGCGAACACGCCACCAACCCGCCAGCCUGGCCCUUCGCAAGCAAGAGGAAGAGGAGAACAAGAGAUGCAAGGCCCUCUCAGACAGCUAUGAACUGUCAACAGAUCUGCAGGACAAAAAGGUGGAGAUGUUGGAGAGAAAGUAUGGUGGUUCCUUUGUAAGUCGUAGAGCAGCACGGACCAUUCAGACGGCCUUCAGACAGUAUCGCAUGAACAAGAACUUUGAGCGCCUCAGAAGCUCGGCUUCAGAGAGCCGCAUGACACGGCGCAUCAUCCUGUCAAACAUGAGACUGCAGUAUUCAUUUGAUGAGCGACAGCCUCAGCAGCAAGCCCAAACACAGACGAACUUCACCCACAGUGUUGCCAUAGGGCCUCCCCACUCUCCUGACACAGACCGUGCAGGAGAAUACACCCACUUAGAAGACUCCUUCUCCAAGCAGGUAAAGUCUCUAGCUGACUCCAUAGAUGAUGCCCUUACCUGCCGUGCAGGUCGUGAUGACUCCCAGGAGGGCAGCAGGGAGGGUGGUGGGAUAAGUGAAGACUUUGGAGAAUGUGUAUGGAGCAGCAGCAGUAACCCCUCCUCACAGAGAGGUUUAGGAGAAAGAGCCAGGGGUGCUGGAGGAGGACUGAGCAUGCAUGGUGACAGCACAGCCACCUCAUACAGUGAUGUCACUCUUUACAUGGAUGAUGGCAUGCCAUCUUCUCCGCUGUCCCUGGACCGAGCACCCAGCAGCACAGAUACAGAGUACUGGGGCCCUGGUGGUGGCGUCGGAGGGCGUGAGGACAGCAGGGACACUGAGGGAGGAGGCAGUAGUAACAGCCGCCGCAGCACCCCCUGUACAGAGUGUAGGGACUACCGUCUAAGGGGCGCACAUCUGCCUCUUCUCACUAUAGAGCCACCAAGUGACAGCUCAGUGGACAUGAGUGACAGGUCAGACCGUGGUUCUUUGAGCAGACAGCUGGUCUACGAGCAGGAGCCUGGGGUCGGAGCUGGCUCCCCUCAGGGAACCCUGAAACACUCCCCCAACACAGGAACCCGCACCACAUCUACAGUGGCUGCCCAGGGUCAGACCCGAGCCCCUGGCAGACCCAUACCUACUCACAUCCCUCACCAGGUCGCACAUCACCACCAUCACCACCACCCAAUCCACCACCAUCAGUACCCUGACACACCCUCCUCAUCCUCCUCCCCCCAGCAGCCUCCCACCACCCCUCUGUCCUCCUCCUCUUCUACAGCUCUGCCCCCUGGUGGUCUGGAGCAGCCAUGCUGCUCUGAUGGAGACAAUGACUCUCUCAACUCCACUACCAACUCCAAUGAAACUGUCAACUGCAGCUCCGGCUCCUCAUCUCAGGACAGCCUGCGGGAGCCUCUGCCUCCCCUGGGAAAGCAGACAUACCAGAGAGAGAGCCGCCAUAGCUGGGACUCUCCACCUUUCAACAGUGAUGUGGUGCAGAGACGGCAGUAUCGCAUAGGCCUUAACCUCUUCAACAAAAAGCCAGAGAAAGGGAUUCAGUACCUAAUAGAGAGAGGCUUUGUAUCUGACACUCCAGUCGGGAUUGCUCGCUUCAUCCUUGAGCGGAAAGGAUUGAGCAGACAAAUGAUUGGGGAGUUCCUGGGAAAUCGGCAGAAACAGUUCAACAAAGAUGUUUUAGACUGUGUGGUGGAUGAGAUGGAUUUCUCAGGUAUGGACCUGGAUGAUGCUCUGCGGAAGUUCCAGGCUCAGAUUAAAGUUCAAGGAGAAGCUCAAAAAGUGGAGCGGCUCAUAGAGGCUUUCAGUCAGAGGUACUGUGUGUGUAAUCCAACUCUGGUUCGCCAGUUCCAAAACCCGGACACCAUCUUCAUCUUGGCCUUUGCCAUAAUCCUCCUCAACACAGACAUGUACAGCCCAAAUGUCAAAGCUGAGAGGAAGAUGAAACUAGAGGAUUUCAUCAAGAAUUUAAGAGGUGUAGACAAUGGCCAAGAUAUUCCCAGGGACCUGCUAGUUGGAAUAUACCAGCGGAUACAGAAAUGGGAGCUACGGACCAAUGAUGAUCAUGUGUCUCAAGUGCAGGCUGUGGAAAGAGUUAUUGUGGGAAAGAAGCCUGUACUGUCCCUUCCUCAUCGUAGGCUGGUGUGUUGCUGCCAGCUCUAUGAGGUACCUGACCCUAACAGACCUCAGAGGACAGGAGUCCACCAACGAGAGGUCUUCCUUUUCAAUGACCUCCUGGUGGUGACCAAAAUCUUCCAGAAGAAGAAAACCUCAGUGACUUAUAGUUUCAGACAAUCUUUUCCUUUGGUUGAGAUGCAAGUUCACAUGUUCCAGAACUCAUACUACCCUCAUGGUAUACGUCUAACCUCAGCUGUCCUGGGUGGAGAGAGGAAGGUUCUUAUCGUCUUCAUGGCACCCAGUCAGCAAGACCGCACCCGCUUUGUUAGUGACCUCAGGGAGAGCAUUGCUGAAGUGCAAGAGAUGGAGAAAUACAGAGUGGAAUCGGAGUUGGAGAAACAGAAAGGUGUGAUGCGGCCCAGUCUGCUGACUGGAGGUGUGGUUGGAGGAGGUGUAGGUGUGAAGAGUGAUGUUGUCAAUGGGACUCUGGGAAGGACAAGUUUUGAUGAUAACUGCUCAGUGGGUGAGGGUCUCAAGCGCACAGCACUCAGCUCAUCUCUCAGGGACCUAUCGGACACAGGGAAACGAGGUCGCAGGAACAGUGUUGGUUCUCUGGACAGUACGAUGGAAGGAUCCAUCAUUAGCAGCCCACAGCCUCACCAGCGCUAUGCAGUGCCAGGAGUAGUCUCCAGCUGCUAUGGAACAGAAGACUUCCGGCCUCACCGCCCCAUCCUGAGCCCCGGAACGGGGGUGGGGGGUGGGCCGGGGCAGCAACAUACCACUGCUGGGACAGGAGUUGGGGGAGUGUCCAGCAGUGUAGAGAGACCAGGAGCGGGGAGCGGACCUGGGGGGAGCAGCAGCAACAACAGCGGUUCCUUUCUGGGCUCCCUAUUCGGCAGCAAACGCGCCAAACCACCAGGGCCCCUUAUUCCACCGGGGCCACCCUACCCCGCACCUGUACCCCCACCGACUACUGGAGGACCCCCUCCUCACUCCCCUUCAUCUCUGUGCCAGUUGGAGGGGGGACCUACCAAGAUUCAGGCACUGCACGCACAGUACUGCCACGCUGCCACCGUGCAGCCUCCUCCACCUUACUACCAUCACCAUCGCUACCACGUCCAAGCUGUCCCUCCACCUUUGCAAGGAGUGUCUCCUCAUACUAUACAGAGAGGCCCUCUACCCUGUCGUCCACCGCUUGGCCCCCCGCUCGUCCAGCACCCGCAGCUGGCCCAUCUCUCCCAGCUCUCUCAGCAUGGGCUUCCGGGUCGCUUCACCAACAUGGUGGUGGGAUGUCCCCCCCCCCUUUCUCCUCACUCCCAACAUUCCCAGAGCCCACAGUUCGCUCUGUACCACGCGCAGCCCACACACUCUAUCAGAGGGGGCAGCGGCCCUGGUACCAAACCACCCCUAACCUUGUCACACUCCCACCCCCACCCCCACGCACACUCCCAAACCCACCCCGGACACGUACACACACCACACCCAACCAGCCAUUCCACCCACCAAACACACUUCAUAUUCGGCACUCUGCCCCACAACCUACCGUCCGCUACCGUCAAUGCGCAUCACGCAGCAGCGUCCGCCGCCCCGUAUCUGCCCCAGUACCCUCCUCUUUCUUCUAUCCCCCCUCCCCCACCACACUCCCCUUUACCCCCCCCUUCGUCCCCCCUUACCCCUCUUACACCACUCUCCCCUCACCCCCCCCAGCACCCCGGGCAGCCUCAGCAGGGGCCGCCGCAGGUGACGGGGGCUGGAGCGACAGGUACAGGGGGCAGCUCCAAAUCCAAACCUAUCAACCGGAUAAGUACCGUGGUGUGACCAGAUGGAGCUCCAGAGGCCUGAGGUCAGAUGACAGAGUGGAGGAGGUGGGCAGAACCAGGGCUAGGACCAAAUCUGCCAGGACGGAAAGUAACAGUAGCAGCGUGGGUGACAAGAGGAAACGCAGCUUACUCCGUCUCUGUUACUUU